UGAAAACCCUAAUUUUCAUAUAUCACUCUGGAGAAAUUACGAACCGGAGUUGUUAUUUUUCUCUGUAAUUCUAGAAAAUUUUUCAAUUAAUUUUUUUUUGGGGUUAAUUUUUGAAGCUUACUCUGCUGUUCUUCAAUGGUGGAGAUUUGAGCUACAGUGCUACGUCUUUCUCGCAGUUCAACAUCAAGCCGCUGAAAUUCGAAAAUUGCACUUCUGGGUUUUCAUCAUUUUCGUUAAAAGUUUGUGUUUUUGAAGUUCCUUCCCCCAGUUGCAUUUUUAUUAGAGCUCAAGCUUCAUUGCACUGUUUUCUGCAUUCGAAUCAAUCCCUCUUCACAAAGUUCAAAUUUCCAUUUUUACCCCUCUAUUUUUUGAAGCUAACUGGUUAAAUCUUCAAUGAGUUGUGCCUAAGCAUUGUUUUUUAGCUUCUGGGGUGUCUUAUUUUUACUUUGAUUUGCAAAAAAAUGGAAAAAGAAGAUAUUUUUGGUUCCGGGCAUGCGGUCAAGGCUGAUGAGGCUCCAGGGGGCUUCCACGUGGCACCAAGAAGUGAAAAUAUACAGUUUUCUGCACCCACGGCGGAGCCACCGCAGCAGCCGGUGGUUCCGACCACGGCUAUGGUGGCAGUAACACCGGCGACAGGGACGGAUGGGAAGAAGAAGAGGGGGAGGCCUAGAAAGUAUGGACCGGACGGCAAGUUGACGCCGGAGGCAGCAGCGAAGGCGUUGUCUCCGAUGCCAAUAUCGGCGUCGAUUCCGUUGACCGGAGAGUUCUCAGGGUGGAAAAAGGGUAGAGGAAAGGCUGUUGAAUCAAUGAAGAAGUCAUAUAAAUUUUUUGAGUUUGAAAAUGCUGGAGGACCAGGUAAUGGAAUUGCAUACUCAGUUGGUGCCAACUUCACACCUCACAUUCUUACAGUAAAUGCUGGAGAGGAUGUUACUAUGAAGAUUAUGUCCUUUUCUCAGGACGGAUCCCGCGCCAUAUGCAUUCUCUCUGCCAAUGGCACGAUUUCAAAUGUCACGCUCCGUCAACCAACCUCUUCCGGCGGCACUUUAACAUAUGAGGGACGGUUCGAGAUUCUUUCCUUGUCUGGCUCAUAUAUGCCAACCGAGAACGGAUUCACAAGGAGCAGAUCUGGUGGGAUGAGUGUUUCUUUGGCAGGUCCAGAUGGUCGAGUAAUGGGAGGAGGACUUGCCGGUUUGCUGGUAGCUGCAGGUCCUGUGCAGGUUGUUGUUGGUAGUUUCAUUCCAGGUCACCAGUUAGAACAUAAACAAAAGAAGCAAAGGGUGGAACACCAUAUAUCAUCAACUAUAUCUGCUCCACUUAAUGUUCCUACUAUUUCUGCUGAAGAAAUGAAGAUAAGUCUUGGUGGAGUGAAGCCUUUCAUGACACCCCCUUCGGUUCCUUUUCAAGUCGAAAACAUUCCUCCUCCUCCUCCUCCUGCGUUUGUCAACGGCCAAUGUUCUCUGAACUCAUCUGGUGACGACGAUGAUGAAGAAGAUGCCUCUUUGCAUGAGAAAGAAUCUAAUCCUAGUCUUUCAGAUCCUGCUGGAGUUGCAUGCUAAAACAUGUUCUCUCCUCAUGAUUGACACUGAUGCUGACAAAAUUUGACUUGAGAAAGACGAACACGCAUUCUGUCCGUUCUAAAAUAUCCGUUACUUUGACCGAUAUUUUGAAACGGAGGAAGUAUAUUGGAAUGAGAGGUUUGAGGUUGAUUUUGAGCAAGAAAAGUUGUACUCUUUGGUGCUUAGGUGGUUUAGUUAGGAUAUCACAAAUUGGUUAUGCUUUUCUUCUUCUUCUUCUGUGUCUGUUCUUAUGAUGUGUCUCUAAUGUUUUUUACUCAUUGUUGUAGCAAUUAGAUGUAGGAAUAUGCCACGUACUUAACUUGUUUACAAUUGUAGGAGAAUGAAAUUUGAAUGUGCUUGAGGUGUUUCUGGAUUGUAACCUGACUAUAUUAUUUUAUUUGAAAGAAAAAAAUUGCAUUUUAUCUUUUUCA